AUGGAGGAGGACGAGGAAUCGACAGCAUCCGUCGAGCAGGGGAAAAUGGAGGCUUCAGGCAAGAUGGAGCCCCUGAGCAAAAGACGGAAGGCGGACCGAAGCCCUCCUCCUCGCAGUCCACCAAAGGCACGGAAAAGGCUACCCCGGCAGGCAAAGGCAAACGCAGUGGACAGAAUCCACAAAAUGUAUGGCGUCCCGGCCAAGAGAACCGAGCCGGGCCAAAAUGCAGCUGCCAAGAAGGACGAAAUGAAAGAGAGGGCGAAUGAAAAGGUUGAGGAAAAAGUGAAGAAAGAGGCAGAAGCAACAGAAGCAAUGCAAACGAACAUUUCCCCCGACGAACCUCAACAGAAGAAGCUGGGGAAAAGGAAAGGGAAAAAGGAGCCUCCAAAGAAGCAGGCUGAGGAAAAACAGAAGAAAGAGAAGAAAAUGGAGGCUCCAAAGAACCAUGCCGAGAAGAAGAAGAAUAAGAAGAAGAAAGAGGAGCCUCCGAAGAAACAGGCCGAGAAGAGAAAGAGGAAAGGUGCGAAAAGACCCAAAAAGCAGGAGAAGGAGGCUCAGAAACCCGAAGCCGUAACGAUGAGUGAGGCUGUGGUGGCUGAGCUCCUCAAGCAAGGAAAGGAGCUGGGUGCUGGGGCCUAUGGAACCGUUUACAAGGUCGUCCACAAGGGAGAAGUAGCCGUGCUGAAAGUGGCUAAUUCCCGCCAGUGGAAUGUGAAAGCGGUUUUCAGAAAAGAAGCGAAUGUUCUUCAGGCCCUCAAUGGCGCAGGAGGUGCUCCUCUGCUGUUUGGCACCUGUAGCAAACCAGCAGCGAUCCUCAUGGAGUAUUGUGCUGGCGAAGAGUUCUUCUCAUUUAUAAACGACUCGAAGAACUCUCCUUCCCUCGCUUUGGGAAUCCUUCCGGACGUUGCGAGAAAGCUGCACCAGAUCCACUUGGCAGGAUACGUCCACGUGGAUUUGAAGACAGAUAACGUCAUGGUCCACGUCCCAGAAGGCAAGGGCAAGAAACAGGUGAAGCCCAGGAUAAUCGACUUCGGAUUAGCUGUAGAAAGGGGAAAGGAAAUCGAGCUAUAUCCGAAUAUGUCCGAUUCCAUCUACCCGCCCGAGUACACGGAAGGUGCGCCAGCGCAGCCCUCUGGGGACGUCUAUUCCAUGGGAUGUCUUAUUGAGGAUACGAUCUACGCCUUCACAGAUCACAUCCCACAGCACUACGAGGAAAUUAUAAACAUGGCGAAGAACGAAAAUCCAAAACUUCGACCAACCGUCCCAAAGCUAGUGAAACUGCUGGAAGCAGCGAGAAAAAAGCCCAACCUUCAAUAG